AAGAAAUAGAAAAGAAAGAGAAAGAGAGGGAGAAAGGUGCUCUGAUGAAGACUCCCGCCUCUCUGUCAAGGAAGGCUUAUUGUACCGAAGGCUGCUGGCUGCCAGCCUGUCCGUCUGCAGAAUCAGUGUGACCGCAGGGAGGCGGCGGGAUCUCACCUGGAAGCGCGCAUCUCAUUUCUCCCGCCUGCAUGUUCCACGGACGUGUGUCAAAAGGCUGGGAUUCCUUUUCUUAUUGUCGGAUUAGGCGGCUCGACUAAAUACGAAAUGUGCGAACACACAUUUCGAUCCUAAUCGGUGUUUGCUCCAGCUGUCCUUCCACAUGAGAAGUUUGACUGAGGCGGACUGAGCUGCUGAGGAAGGAGGGAGACUCUUGACUGUUCGCUGGCGGGGAAAUCCGAGCCGCUCAAUCAAGCCGAAAAUAAGGACACUGAAGGGUUGCAUGCCUCAAUACCAAGAAUCUGCACCGAGCGAGAGACCUCUGCUAAGGAGACACAAAGACAUAUCUGGAGAAUGGAGGACAGAAGCGAGGAAGACUGUGUGCAGGAGAACGGACGAAGUGACGAGACGAACAGCAAACCCAGUGGCUCUCCAUGCACCAGUCUGAAGAUGUUUCUGGUAGCAUUGUCAUUCGCCUAUUUUGCCAAGGCUCUGUCGGGGAGCUACAUGAAGAGCACAAUAACUCAGCUGGAAAGACGCUUUGACAUCCCCAGCUACCUAAUAGGAGUCAUUGAUGGGAGCUUUGAGAUAGGUAAUCUGCUGGUGAUAGCUUUCGUCAGUUACUUUGGGGCUAAGCUUCAUAGACCAAAGAUAAUAUCUUUGGGAUGCUUAUUGAUGUCUUUUGGCACCUUCAUCAUUGCUCUGCCCCACUUCAUCAUUGGACGCUAUGAGUUUGAAACGUCAGUGAGAUGGGUGGUGAACUCGACGCACAACUCAUCUCCCUGUCAAGGAGGUUCACCGGGAGACCAACCUGGUAUUUCACCUCAAGUGCCAUCCACAGGCUGCGAAGGCGAGUCUAACUUAUCGAUGUGGAUAUACGUUCUCCUGGGGAACGUCUUGCGGGGGAUUGGGGAGACGCCCGUUCAGCCCCUCGGGAUCUCUUACAUAGAUGAUUUUGCUACAGAAGAGAAUGCUGCACUUUAUGUUGGCUGUGUGCAGACCAUCUCAGUUGUGGGGCCCGUGUUUGGAUACCUGCUAGGCUCCCUUUGUGCCAAGAUUUACGUGGACAUUGGGUUUGUGAAGAUGGACUCCAUCACCAUUACACCAGCAGAUGCCCGAUGGGUGGGUGCCUGGUGGCUGGGCUACCUCAUAGCUGGGGUCAUAACUUUGCUCUCUGCCAUCCCGUUCUGGUUUCUGCCCCGAUCUCUGCCCACAGCUGGCUCUACGGUCCGAAAGAUGGGCACUCAGGAGGAAGCAAGUUUCAUCAAGGACACUCCCCAUCCUAAGUACAAGUAUCAAGCAGAGGAACACAGCAGUUUUGUAGAAAUGGCUAAAGACUUCAUUCCAACCCUGAGAACUCUUCUUGGACACCCCGUGUAUGUGAUCUACUUGUGUGUGGUCGUCAUCCAGCUGAACUCCCUCAUCGGCAUGGUCACGUACAAGCCCAAGUACAUCGAGCAGCAUUUCAGGCAGUCUGCCUCCAAGGCUAACUUUCUCAUGGGUGUGAUCAAUAUCCCUGCUGUGGCACUGGGGAUGUUUUCUGGUGGUCUGCUGAUGAAGAGGCUGAAACUGAACAUCAUGGGAGCAGCAAAGUUUGCUUUUUGCACCUCCUUGAUUGGAUAUGUCCUGUCAAUGUUGUUCUUCACAAUGAGCUGUGAGAACGCCAAAGUAGCCGGAGUGACGGUGUCAUACAACAAUGUGGAUAGUAUAUCCUAUGACAAAAACUCACUUUUCAUGCCCUGCAACUCAGAUUGCUUUUGUUCAUCGAGUGAGUGGGACCCAGUCUGUGGACAGAAUGACAUCACAUAUGUCUCUCCUUGUCUGGCUGGUUGCACUACUUCUACAGGCUCAGGGAAAAACACAGUCUUCUCUAACUGUAGCUGCGUCGGUGUGACUGGUAACUUUACGGCCGGAACAGGUCAGUGCCUCAACAAGGAGGACUGCGACAGGAUGUUUCCGUACUUCCUAGCUCUCUCUGUCAUAACCUCCUUCAUCAUCUCGCUUGGUGGGACUCCAGGAUACAUGUUUCUCAUCAGGUGCAUAAAACCACAAUUGAAAUCCCUGGCCCUCGGUUUUCAUGCUUUGGCAACACGUACACUUGCAGGGAUCCCAGCACCCAUCUACUUUGGAGCAAUUAUAGACACCACAUGCCUAAAAUGGGGUCAGAAAAGAUGCGGCGGCAUCGGAGCCUGCAGAAUCUACAAUACCUCCGCCUACAGGAUAGCUUACCUGGGCCUGACUCUGAGCCUACGGACUAUCUCCUUCAUCAUUUGCAUCCCGGGCUUCAUCUUGCUCAGCCGACAGCUGAAGGAGGAGGAGGAGAACAAAAGCGUCCCGCACGGGGCCAUCACGAACGGCGGGACCGACCUGGAGGCGCUCAGAAAAGAGGAGCUUGUGGUUCUGAAUUCUGAUCGAGUCGUGCACACGACGGACAACAGCACAGACAGGCACACCCAGCUGUGACUGCUGAGAAACAGCAAAGACUCCAAAGUGUCUGUCUCAUAAGAAAGUACAUCCAAAGUAUGUUCCCAGUGAUGCACACACACGUGAAUACACACCGCCACAUAUACAUAUAAAUACAUACGUGCGUACAAGAUUUGCAGGGAAUCACAAUUUCUGUUCAGUCAUCUCAUGUCGACCAUGGAAUCUAUAAUUGUACCGUUGAAUGUGUGGUGUUGAGACUCCGGCAGAAAUUGAACCCGCCUGACAAAUUCAUGGAAUGUACAUUCUGUUGUUUUUCCUCAAAAAAAAAAAAAAACGAACAAAAAAAAAAAAACAUCCAGACACAAGGCUCAGAAUGGAAACGUGACUAGGAAGCGAUGGCCACCGCUACAACACUCCAGUUUGUUUUAUACACCAGCAUCUAUUGAGCUGCCUCUGUAGAUAGUUAUUUUAAAUGAAAGACUUCUCCCCGUUGCCAGUGUUAUUAGACAAAGGAGGUAAAGUGUCCUUAGAAAUGAGAGGCAUGGCAGGCUUUCAAAGAAAUGCUCUUUUUCUUUUUGUUUUUUUGUAUUUAUUGGUUUUGACGGGUUCUUGGGAGUUUUUUUUUUUUUUUUUUUUGAGGGUUUGCGGCUGUUGAUGUCAUGUUAAGUACAGAGUAUGUGCCUCAUUCACUCAACAGUUACCUCUGUGUGCCAUCUGUCCUCUUGACUCACAUGUGAACAGUUAUCCGUUCAAGUUGUUAAGCUACUGGUCUAUAAAAUUGCAUAGAAACGUGUUUAAAUUUUUAAAUGUAGUGCAAAAUGGACUUUGCCUUUAAUCCCCCCCCCCUCCCCCACUACAGAGUUUGAUUUGAUUGUAUUUCUGUGUUGUGUCUUUAUGGAGUUAAAAAGAAAAAAAAAGAACUUUGAAAUUCACAACCUCUACAAAUUAAAAAGUAUAUUUGAACAUAAUCUGCUCAAAUUUUUUUUAAAGAGAUUAUGAUUUGAAUAUCCACAUUCCCCUCAGUGAGCUGUACAAUCUAAUUCUGAAAAACAUUUUUAAGAAAACACACCACACUCAAGCUCUUUCUAGUUUUCAGGAAAAAAAAGAAGUUAAUUAUUGUGUUUUAAUGAUUAGUGUUGCACCAGUUGGUUCUUGGUAUUCUCCGUGUUGAGUGUUUUUGGGGCAGGUGGAUAAGUAAAAAGUAUGUGAAGUGGAACUACAGGGAGUAUUUCUGUAUGUUUUAUAUCUUCAGUGAUUGUUGAAUAUGCUGUCGGUUAGUUGUUUUUUGUACUUUUCUGAGACUGAGGUCAUUUGUGCCAAACCACUGAAUCAUUCUGAUCUCUCAGGUUUUAUUCCCAGAUUAAGCUUGUUCUCAAUAAUCAGAAGCCAUUAGACAGUCUCUCAAACUAAUAUUAGAAACUGUAUUUUAAAUGUUUUAACAAUACUUGAAAAUGCACCUAACAUUUUGUAUUAGAAACAAUAUAAAUAGAAAAACGCCUAAAUUUCAUGCCUUAAGUUUGUAAAUUCAGAGAUGAAUGAUUUAUUUAUUUCCUAAAUAUAGUUGUUAACACACAUGCAUUCACUGUAGGCUGCUGUUUUGCUACUGCUAAUAAAAAUAAUGUCACAUCCUUCUGUUUUGGUAUUAACUAAUCCAAAUACUUAAACGUUGUUAACAGUGUCUUAUAAUGAUUUAGCAAAUGUGGCAAUUUGUUUCCAAUUUAUUAAACUAGUUAAAAAUUUAUUUUGUUGUGGUUGAGUUUUGGCAAAAAAAACCCAAAACGCUGUAACCUCAAUCCGGUUGACAAAGAUCUUUUUGGCUUUUGUUGAAACUGUCCUGGCUUUUUAGCUCUAAAGCUCAGACGGGUCUCCCCAUUUCAUUGUUUUUAUUACAUCACAUUUGAAAACUUGUUAAACUCGUGGAUUGCACAGUGAAGCCUCAGAAUGAAUAUCAAAGUAUUUUGAGCCACUGUUGCUGCUGUUCACAUUUAGGCUAAAACAGCAGUGUGAUUUCGUCAGAUUGGCUUUCAGUGCUAAUGGGCUCUUGACUGUCUUUCCAUCCUUUCUUCAGUCAUAGUUGUUUUGGACUAACGUUAAAAACCAUUAAAUAAAAAUGUGUGACAGGAGUCUUGCAGGAUUAAACUGAAAAACGGUGGGAACUGGUUUGUUUGCCCCACUCAGAGAGAGAAACGCAUAACGGCUGUAGGCAGGUUUGAUCUGUGUUUAAGUGUUUUAUGCACAAUGAGAAACCUUUGUGUGAUUAUAAUAUUCAAAUCAAUGUUUGGAUUUGUUGUUUUUUAUGGUUGUAAUGUAACGGUGUCAAUUUCUUACCAAUUACAAAGCAACUGAAUUCAAGGAUUUGGAAGUAUGGGCCAUAAUCCUCCUCGCGCAAUCUCAUUCUCAUUUUCAGUGACGUCUCAAAAGAUUCAUCUCAGAGGUUUUUGCCAUUUUCUCUAUUGAAAUUGUGUUUUUGUCCAUGUCUGUUGGUUGCUCAAGUUCAGUAAGGCAGACGCGGAGUGAGCCGCUCACAGGAAGAAAAAAAAAAAACACAUUACACCAAUAAUAUAUAAAAGGCAUUCAGCUGCAUUAAAGUAACCAGAUUGUACAUAAAUUUCCUGGAUUAUUUUUGUAAAAUGUGAAGGAAUAUCAUAAAUGUCAAAUCAAAAAUAAACAUUUAUUAUCAAAAAUCA